AUGCUUCUAUACGUGCUUUUGCUGCUGCCAUUCAAUGCUGCCAGUGUCCGCCCCGUCGAUCUGCUCUAUCCGGCCACGGGUCCAAACGGUGGAGUCGCUGCCAAGCCUGCCAAAGCUCGCUGA